AUGGCUUCCAAUGUUCAUGUUAUUAUGAUACCUCUAAUGUGCCCCAGUCACCUCAUUCCAAUGGUGGACAUGGCCAAACUCAUUGCACAACACUCCGCCACCGUCACCAUCGUCAUCACACCCCAUAAUGCUGCCAGGUUCGGGGCGGUCCUUCAUCGCGUAGUGGCCUCAGGCCAUCCUAUCCGAAUCCUCAACCUCCAAUUCCCAGCCUCACAAUACGGAUUACUAGAAGGAUGUGAAAACGUAGAUGAUUUACCAUCAUUCAAGUUGACCAAGAACUUCUUUGAUGCAACUGCUAAACUCCAAGAACCACUUGAAAAAGUGUUUAACGAGCUUAAACCGACACCAAGUUGUAUGAUUUCUGAUAAACAUUUAACUUGGACAGUAGAUGUUGCAAGAAAGUUCGAGAUUCCAUAG